AUGAACAAGAUCCUUUCAACUACUCUUUGCUUUGGACUCCUAACUUUGUUAUCUGUAAUGAUUUUUUUGGAAUUGGUGCAUGGACGGCCAUAUCUUAUCCAAGGAAAUGAAUUGUUUCCAGAUAAAGACAAUACAAAUCCCGAGGAACUACUGCUGGCUCUACUGAAUAAAAAGUUUGGUUUCCAAAGACCCUCCAACAUUGAUAGAGAACUGGCUGACAAAUUGGAAGAACUUAACCAGUUGGAAAAGCUCAAAGAGCAGUUCAUGGAGGCCAAAGAUGCCGAGAUAUCCUAUGCUAUGGAUGGUCUAUCUUCUUCCCAUCCAAAUAAGCGAGCCUGCUUUUGGAAAUACUGUGUCUGAAGUUUUUUCUCUGGAUACAAAGAGAGAAGAACACUAGAAAAAAGAUACACAGCUACUCACUCCUGCUCCAAGAUUGUAGCUAUUUCAAGCAUCAAAAAACUGUGGCAUUUAUUCUGCCUAUUGUAUACUUAAGGAUUAAGUUGUAAAUAAGGACAAAUCAGUUGCCCUUUGCCUGGCAUGGGCUAUCAAACGUCUUGUAGUGCUCAAGUUGACGUGUUGUAUCUAUUAUUGUAUGCUUCCCAUAGAUUCAUUGUCGACAUAUGGUUUUGUCUGGUGGUGACCACUCUGUUGAGCUAUCAAUUAAAAUAUUUUAAA